AUGAAGUUCGAGUCUCUGAGGCUAAGACCUGCAAAUCUUGCGACCAAUGCAGAAGCCGGAAAGUCCGCUGCUCCAAAGCGAAAUGAGACCUGCCAUUUCACCCAGACCAAGCGUAAGCGAAGGACAAGUCCGAGUGUCUCUGAAAGCAGCCAAAUGCUAGAGCCCUCGAGUGAGAAAAUCCGUAUUCGACCGAUCGUUUCACCGGUAUUUCUGGACCAGAUGUUGGAAAAUCAUGGUAGUAGUGGGAUACUUCGGGAUAGCUUUGCCUUGCUGAGGCACACAAUCCCUAACCGUUCUUCCCUUCAAGUGACUAGUUCCAGCUUGGCCUUUUUUUCAGAACGUCGAAUCCAUUCCUUAUCGCAACGGUUAGGAAAUGACCGACUCAAUGAGCUAGUGGAGACUAUCGAAUCUGUCAUCCGAUCACGGCUUCUCGCCCAGGGCCCGUCCUCUAUAUCUCUAAUCACGUUCAGAAAGCCGUCUGACAUUGAGCAAGUCCCGCUAGACGAGGUCAGGUUAUACAUCGAUUCUUAUUUCAACCAACUGCACCCGAUGUACCCCUUUCUCGAUCGCAAAGAGUUCGAGGAUAAGGUAUUUGGGCCCCACCGGUCUGAAAUUUUGAGUUCCAGCUGUGCGUUUUCGGCUUUGUAUCACACUGUUCUGGCUCUGGGAUGCCGGUACCAUGAAGGCGGAACAUUUGAUCCCGGGAAUGGCAGAGCGUGGAAACUUUUCCAGGUAUCUUUAGGUCUUGUGUCGGAUAUAUUGAUACCGAGGGAAGCUUUGAUGAGUCUCCAAGCACUGGUUGCCAUGAGUGAUGUGAAGGGAGUAGCUAAGCCUUUGAGUCGAGCCGUUCAGUCUAUAUUCGCCAUGACUAUCAGCUGCCUUCAAAUCGACGAAGUCUUGCUCACAGAAGCCGCCCGAAUGGCUCAAGGCCUCGGAUACCACAGAGCACUUGGCAACGGGGACCAGCGACACAAAUCCGCCUGCCACAGAACUUUUUGGGUAAUAUACUACAUGGAGAAACAUUUGUGUUUCCAGAACCAAAAUGGCUCGAUUAUCCCAGACUACGACAUCGGGUGUCCUAUCCCCGACGCCCCGGAAUCCGUCUUCGGAGAAUACAACUGGUUUUUGUCGGCCAUCGGCUUCGGGCGAAUUCUCUCACAAGCCUAUACGGCUCUCUUCUCGGUGAGUGCCGCAAUCCAAACCACAGAAGCGUACCACAUCGCGGUCGAGGAGAUUGAGACUCGGCUGGAACGAUGGCGAACGGCAGUGCCCGUGAAAAUUCGACCCGGUAUGCUGUUUCGUGAACCAAACAUGUCUACUCCUUCCUUUUCUUCUUCCUUCCCCGAGCCGAGCUUCAAGAUGAUCGUGCUGCAGACCAACUUUUCUUAUUACGCUUUGGUCAUCGCGCUGGCGAGACUCAAAAUGUAUAUAGGUAGACAAGACGAGCCCCGGAAACAGGAAGAGAGCAAGCGACUGCUGAUGGAUACAGCAAGAGCUAUCGUGGAGGGAAGCAAGAACGUCGACAUGGCUGCCCACACGCCGAAUUUCAUUUUGACCCUUCUUCCUCUUGCAGCAUUAUUCAUCCUGUUUGAUUUCGUCGUCCACAAUCCAACGCAUCCGGAAACGCGGAACAACCUCUCACUGUUGGACGUAGCAGCUGGUCACUUCAGUCUGUUGGAUUACAAGUCUGGAGGGUUCCUGCCCGCAUCGCUUUUGACUGAAUUUGCCCAUAUUGCACGGCAGUACGUCAAGGACUCUGGCAGAGAACAACAAAAACAACCGGGUGAACUGGGCCCGUCGAUUACCACGUCCAUAUUGGCUGACACCGAGUUUUCCUCGGGAUUGAGUCAAACAAACAAUGAUGAUAAUGUCGAAUUACCGUAUAACACCAUCGGGCCCUGGGAGGAAAGGGACUAUCUGUAUUAUCCUGUAACGCCGGAGACGACCGUGCAUGGCUUGGUGGAGAAUCCGAUGACGGCGUCCUUCAACUUUCAGAGCUUGUUUGGGUUUGUAGUUCCCGAGUUUGGACAGGAUCGGUAG